AUGGACAGUGAUACCAUUUAUUGUGAUGAAAGCUCCGUAGCGAGUCUUUCACAGCCUCAAGGCCGUCCCGCGUUACGACUCGAUUCCCUCCCCCCUACACCAAUGGUCCUAACGCCAUGUGACUCCAACGUCACGGCAUCCGCCAGGAAAAAUCAACUAAAGCAGCAACGGCACCAGCACCGGUCAUCAUUUGCAUGCACGGCGCUAACAUCACCUUCACUUUCGCAGUCCGACUUCAUACCUGAGACUCAGUCACUCACACCGCCGCCAAGACCAGGUGCUGUCGGUCCCGCUAGCGGUGCGUGUGAUAACGAAGUGGAAGGGGGAAUGGAUGUCAGUGAAGCUAAUGACAAUGCCUGCGCUGACUCAAGUGCUCUUUCGAGCGGCCGUCCGCCGGUGUUUUCCAUUUCACGUGAAUUGAACUCGACACAAUCCACCGAGGAUCGCUCUUCGUCCCCGUCCUCGCUACUAAGGGAACCCCGAGCGACGAUCACGCCGAGAAACUUCCCUCACUUGCAGCUUUCAGACUGUGAAGUCUCACAGGGUGACAAUGAUGAGCACGUACCCGAUUCACAAGGUUCUGCGUUGGAGCAGGAGUUUCAAGCAUGUUUGGAGGGACAUGGGGAGUGCUUCGAUGCGGAAGCGGAGUCAGCGGAAGUUUUUGGACGGCAGCCACUGAUAACCAGCCAAGAGGUAUAUGAGGAAGGCUGUGGGAGCAAUGCUAUGCGGCGGAGUAUGUUGUUGCCACCGGGAGCUGCAUUGGGCGCGAUGUCCGGUGGGCUAACACCGCCUGGUGAACCAACCAUUCAUGAAGAGCAGCUGCGACCCGGUUGUGGGAAGCGGGUACGCUCCCUCCAGUCUUCGUUAUUGUUGUGCAACGGGGGCAUCAGCCCACUUGUAGGUGGCGCCUCGGAGGUUGGGACUCAGGUGACGAACGCUCCGGAUGAGGAAGAUGAGAGGAAGCGGUUUCGUCCGGACGCCGAGGCAGCACAGAGGCGGAAUGAAGCGCUGAUGAGAACGGCGGCUACUGAUGUGCAGCAGACCCAAUUAUCUAACAGCUGCCUGAGUGGAUCGUGGGACGUGAGGCUGUCGCCUGCAACUGAACCACGGGGACGUGAAUCUCUGCUACUUGUUAGCGGCUCAACACCAACGCCUUCCUUGCAGGUACUCACUGGGACGCCUGUGAGAGAUGGCGCUGGCUGUGCCUCGGAGAUUUUAGACACCCGCGACAGUGCCAACGCUAACACUUCGGCUCCUGCUUCUACAGCACCAAAUAACGAAACUUCCCUCGUUGGAAGUGAUUACGAUUCCGUGUGGCCCCGUAACGUGGCUGCUGGGGACGGCACCGGAGAGGGGGAAUGUGCACUGCGCAUUUCGGAUACAACCGAGGAAUGUUGUGAUUGCAAGGAAACCCUCGGCAAUAAAGCCGUAGGUGGUUUCUCAGGUGUGGGGGGUAACGCGGAACGUGGGCCUCGGAGCACCGAUCACCGUACAGUGGUUCCUGAUGGUGAGGGCUGCGCCGAGUUAGUGUCUUCGCCGCGUCUUAGUGAAGAGUUUCGAUCAUUCGUUGAAGGUGCCAGGAGUGAAGUACGGCGUGCGAGCGAACGCCUUUUAGCUAAGUUGGAGGAAGUAAGCCGCACGUACAGUGGAUCCAAUGUGGACGGCGGCGCCGCUGCUGAUGCGAAUGGUCCAUCCGAAGCGAUUCAAAGUGCCAGUCAGGAUGCCGUGGUGGCCGCUGAGGGGCGCCGUGUGGUGCGCUCACUUCAACUCAGUCUCAACCGCAGUUCUGUCGUCUUGGGCGAGCUCGAGUUAGCACAAGGUCGAAGCACUUUAAGCCAUAGCGGCAGCAGAGGUGACAGUAUAAACUCGAUUUUAUCCGAUACCAGUUCUCUCCGCCGGCAGCUGGCAACACACGCCGCUGCCAUUUCGCGGCGGCUGCAUGGCUAUGACUUGGAUGAAGCGGGAACGCUUCCAAUGAUUGUUGUGGUUCGCGUGGUGCAGCAAGUGCUUAUGAUUGGUUCCCCUUCCAGUGUUGCACCCAACAGUGAAGAGGCCGCGGAUCUUUCCAUGUGCAUUGCGUCGCCCUCACCCGUAACAAAACUACAACACCAGAAGAGCCAGUCUCCAAUGUCGGUGGCAUCCCCCGGCACCCUCCACACGAUAUCAAGUGGGGGGGUAUCGUCGCCUUCUGCAACUCAUAGGAGCCUGUGGGAAAGGAUGUUGAACCGACGGAAGGCAUCAGCCAUGGAGGAUGAUGCCAUGAAAAUGUAUAUAGGUCUCUGGCGCUGCUUCCACGAAUGCUUUGGGGAACGCGGUGUUAUGGAGCGCCUCGGCGUGCAACCGUCUGGGGAGGCGGAUGAUGGCAGUGAUGGAACCGACUCGGAGGCUCGUCUCAUGACACCCACGUGUCUCCCGCUUCUGCGGCAGCAAUUAAACCGUUUGGGAUGUCAACAGGGGCGCCAUCGCUAUCAUCCCCCGCCACUUGACGUGAUGGUGAAUUACCGCGUCUUUGCUCAUAGCCUCGCUGAGUUGUGGUGA